AUGGGGGUGGUCACCAGAGCCAAGAAGAGGAGGCUGGAAGAGGAAGAGGGCCUCGUCGACCGUAUCAGCAGCCUCCCGGAUGACGUCCUCGGCGACAUCGUGUCCCUUCUCCCCACCAAAUCCGGCGCCCGCACGCAGGUCCUCUCCUCCCGCUGGCGCCACAUCUGGCGCUCCGCUCCACUCAACGUCGACCUCAAUGAUCCAGUAGUUGGAUGGCGCAUCCGUAUCGACAAUGGCGACGAUAUCACACACGGAUCAACUCCUAUUAGCACGAUGAAUGUGGUAGUGGUACACAGUUUGAAGGUUCUAGCUUUAUGCGAGUUCGUACUUUCCUUGGAUGCGGUUAUUAACACAGUGAAAUGCUUUCCCCGCUUGGAGAAGUUGUACAUCAAGGUAGCACGUGUUUCUGUAGACAAUGUGUGUUUUCAUAAAUGCCAAAAAGUUAUUGGCACCCAGGCCAUCCAUUUGAGGAAAAUUGUGCUGGCAAACUAUCAAGGAAGCAAGACACAUAUUGACUUUGUCAAGUUCUUUGUAUCAAAUGCAAGAGUAUUGGAGUCAAUGAGGCUUGAGUUAGAAGUUGAGAACUUUAGCAAAGCAUGGGUUGUAAGACAACGUAGACUUCUCGAUAUCAAAAAGAGAGCUUCGAAGGUGGCACGGAUCACUUUUGUGUCACGUAAAAUAUUGAUUGGGUCACUUGAUCUUCUGCGUGUUGAGCUAGUACAUGAUCUGUCAAUUGAUCCUUUUGAAAGGUUUCAUUAG